GACAAGGUCGUAUGAUUGGUGUAAUGGAGCUCUUUGACUAGUAGUCGCUGCCUAUUGGUUAAAAAUUCAAUAGCAGUGAAUAAAAUGAGGGGGAAGUGAGGGGGGGGGGAACAGGGAUGCACCACGCUGACGGGAGUUUUAAAUGUGACGGUUCAAACCGUCGUUCGCCGUUGCCGUGUGCUUUUGUUCUGUUGUGUUGUAACAUUUAUGUUACAAGAUGUCUUUUCCACGAGCAAGAAUCCAACGAUUCAACGAGGCUCCAUCAUGCUCUCCAGCUCCUGGAACAUACGACCCAAAAUUAGAUACGAAGGUGAAGGGACCGACAAUGAGGAAAGACGCCAGACUUAUGUCUGAGGGUGAUCUCUCCUCUAAAAUUCCUGUUGCUACAGUUGCAGGAUUUCGCACACCGCAGGUGCCUCGCAAAGCAAUGAAAAUCUUAGGUAAAUCUCAAGGAAAGGAAAGAUCAGAGAGUAGUUCAUCUAUGGAUGAUUUAUUGAAAGUUAAAGAUACAGGUCACGACUUCUCAGAAUUGGAAAGUGUGAAACAAAGGCUAAAGGAAACAGUUGAUGAAUUAAAUAAAUCAAAGAACUUGUGCGAGUUAUUAAAUGGUGAUAUUUCAAUGAAAAUGCAUCAAAUUGAAGAACUGCAACAUAAAAAUGAAUCUUUAGCUGUGGAAAUUGAGGUGUUACAAAAUAAACUGGAGGAGGCACAAGCUAAGCAUCAUGAAAGCUUAACAAAAUGUGAAACUCUAGAUAGAGAAACUCUUGCUCAUUUGGAGGAAAUGCACGUGAUGGUCAAUGAACUUGUUGAAAAAAAGGAUAUUAGCACUAAGGAAAUGAAUAAUUUGAGGGAAGAAAUUGACAAUUUGACUUGCUUAAAAAAUGAUUUUGAAUUGAAAGUUACUCAAAAACAGCAGAUGAUUCUUAUGCUUCAAGGUGAAUUGUCUAGUGCAGAGGUAGAACUUAUGGAGUGUAGGUCAGAAUGUGAACGUCAAACUGCAGCAGCAUGUGAAAGAGCUGAGGAAGUUAAAACACUCAAGGCCACCAUUGGUCAUUUGGAGCAGCAAAUGGAAGAAACAGACAAACAGUUACGUCACAUGCGAGACAAUCUAAUGAAUGGUUCAGUUGUUAGAGAAAAUUUGGAAGAACAAUUAACUGAAAAAGAAACUGCUUGUGCUGAUUUGGAAGCAAACUAUAAUAAAUUGCUCUCUGAAUGUGAAUUUUUAAAGGCUGAACAUUCAAAGGAAAUAGACAACAUUUUGGGUAGUUGUAAUAAACAAUUGAGUAAUAUGGUAAAUGAUAUUGAAGCUGCUUCUGAGCUUGUUAUUACUCAUACAUCAAGUAUGCAAGCAAUUUGUAAUGAAAAAUUGCAGGCUUUAGAAGACAAAGUUGCACAUACUGUUGCCAAAGCUCAAGAAGUAUGGCAAAACGAAAUUGUACAUUUGAAAGGAGAACUGCAAACAGCUGCUAAUCAGUUAAAAGUGGAGCAGCUGUCUGCACAGGAAAAGAUAGAAUCUAUCAUUAGGGAUAUGGAAACAAGAGAUAGAGAAUCAACAAAAAGAGUUAAGGAAGUUGAAUCAGAGGCACGGAUCAUUACUGAAAAAUUGCUUCGAGCUGAGGAAGAAUUGAGGCGGCUUUCGGAUAUUAGAGACGAACUGAAAAUUUCUGAUGUGGAGAAUAAAAUUACUAUUGUAGAACUCCAAGACAAAGUUGACUUGUUGACUGUGGAAAGAAAUUCAUCCAAUACGAAGCUAACUGAAGUUGUAAAGGAAUGUGACUUAUUGAAGUCUCAGAAUAAAAAUUUGACUGUUGGAAAUCGUAAUCUUAGUGACAGUUUAGAGGCUUUGCGGGUUCGUUUACUAGAAAGUGAGUCGGACGUUGAAGAAAUGACUGUUCUUAAAUGUGCCUUAGAGUCAGAGAAAAGACGGUUAGAACAGACUUUGGAAAGGUUGUUAUCAGAAUUGGAACAACAAAAGGCCAACAACGCUCAAAUUGAGGCAGAAAGCUUGCAACAAAUUGAAGAAGUUAGAGAACAUUUGUUAGGGAAACUUGAGUUAUUUAAACAAAAGGCUUUGUCAGGUUCAGAUGAAAUUGAGAAGUAUGAAGAAGGAAAAAGCAUGCAAAUUCAAAAUUUAAAAAGUCAAUUAGAACACUUUCGGCGGGAACUUGAAAUGGUGAGCAAUUAUGUAGCAACAACGGAGCUUGAGAAUGAAAAGCAAGCUCAACAACUUCAUGUUUUACAUGAAGAACAUCAGAAAAUGAAAGAUUCAUUUGAAAUGCUGACAACAAAGUAUGAACAACAGGCUGCUGAAUUAAAACAGCGAAUCAGUGAAUUAUCAGUUGCUUGUGAAAAUAUAACUUCUCAAGAACAACAAAUACUGAGAUACAAAUGUCACAUUGAACAAUUAUCAGCUGAUGUUGAGAAUUCAGAAGCAAGAAUUAUUGAACUGAAUGAAGCUCUAAGUGUAAUGGAAGAAUCAAAUGCCGAGCAUGAGAGAGAAAUAGAGGCUCUCACUGAAAAAUUGGAUCAUCAGCGAGAUUGUGCCAAGGUUGCAACCCAGCAAAUUGCUAAUCUUGAAGCAACCAAGUCUUAUCAGGAUCACCAUGUUCAAACAUUGACUUCAGAAUUGGAAAGACACAAAGAAUUUUACCAUCAAGCUACAGAACAUAUGUUAACUCUAGCUGAUUCAAAUGCAGAAAAGGAAAAAAAAAUUGAAGUUCUCAAUAAAGAAAAUGAAGAACUAAAGAGCAGUUGUAAAAAAUUCACUGAGCAACUGGAUAAUUUAAAAACUCAGUUGUUCAAAGAACAGAGCAAACUGAAAGAAUCAGCUGAAGAGAUAAAGUUGCUUGAAGGGGACAGAUUUGUGAAAGAAGAGCAAUUGAAAGAAUUAGCAGCAGAACUUAAAUGUCAGAAAGAAUAUGUCCAUACACUUUCACAACAAGUAACUGUGCUUGAAGAGCAGAAGUUAGAGACUGAAGAACAACUUUCAUCUGUGAAACAAAAGAUGAUAGCUCUGGAAGAAGAAAGGUCCUCAUCUAAAGAAACAUGUAGUCAACUUCAGACUUCUGUCGCUAAGAUGGUGGAACUUAAUGAAGACCUGACUAAUAAAUUUUCUUCAAUUCAAGAAAAGUUAACUGAAAAGGAAAAGCUGUGUGCAAAGAAUGAAAGUCAAAUGCAAACUCUUUGUGCAGAAAUUACCAAUCUCAAUUUACAAAUGCAGAGAAAAGAUAAAAAACUUCAGGAUGCUGUUGAAAAAUUGAAGAAAGAAAAUGAUGAACUUGAAACACACAAUUUGAAAUUAAAUCGUUAUGAACUGGAGAGUACGGAGUGGAAAAGAAAAUAUGAAGAGAUAGAAUCAUUAAUUGGACCUUUCAAAGAACAGUUAGAAACAUAUCGUGCCGAAUGCAAGAUACUGGAAGCUGAGAAAGGUGAAGUACAGCAAAGUAUGAGAGAGCUAUCUCUCCAGUACGCUGCUAGUUUGGGUCAUCAAAACCAGAAGCAGAAGAUCCACUACAUGGUAAAACUUAAAGAACAGAAUAUGGAACUAAAAGAGACUGUUCGUAACCUGAAGAAAACAAUAGAAAAGUUGCGCAAGGAUGGCACUAAUGCAAGCAGCAAAGUGUCUAAUGUAACACACACUGCAAUUGUCAACAAAGGAAAGGAGAACAUAGGUCAUGGUCAUAGUCCUGUUCACAAGAUGGUGCCAAUCCAAAGUCCAGGAGAAGGUCAGAAGUCUUCUCGAAAAUUGGUCCCAAUUCAAAGUCCAGGAGAGAAUCAUCGAGCCGGUUUCACACUUACUCCAAUCCCAAGCCCUGCAAACAGCCCAAAUCCAAAGCCUCUUGGUGAACGUUCAACUCAUACAAAUGUUAUUUAAAUACUGCAGUGACAUGUGACGAUCCUGCAAGAACUUAAAAAAAUGUUUUGAGCUCAUGAGAGGUCAAUUGUUUUAUGAAAUAUGAAUUUGAAGAAAUGCUGAAUAUUACAGAGAUUGGCAUUCAAUUUUGUUUGGAGGUUUUUAGGGGGAAAAAAACUUGUUUUUUCCUCAUUUUCAAUUAGUUUGACUCUUAAAAUUGUUUUACUAUCAUGAGGUCUUGCGGAUAUCUGAUUAAGAAUGCUAGUAAUAGACUGACAUUCUUGUUUUAAGUUUUAUAAAAGUGUAAAUUUUGCUUGGCAGUAUGUGAAACAUAUUUUUAAAUGCUAAAAUGUUUGAAUUAUUUUUCUGUAAGUUUCAAUAAUUUGUGAACAUUUCAAAAAAAUUAAAAAGUAAUAUUCAUUGCUAGAGGACUUGCUUAUGAUGAAAAUUUAGUAAAUGUAGCAAAUAAGUCUUGCGAAUGUUAUAUAAGACACGUUACAUGGGAGACUACUUUGUUAUAAAUUAUCUAACUAUUUCUGAACAGGUUCUCAGAAAAAUUUAUGUAUGCAAGAUAAUAAGGCCCGAUACAGAAAUUCUUGUAAAUGAUAGCAAGGAGUUCUUUGGGAAUAAUGGAGUUGAGAAUAUAUGCAAAGUAAAGCUGGAAGGGGAAAAAAUCUGAAAGUUAUCCGAAUCCCUAUGAUUGACUUCAAAUGCCCUGGUUCUUGAACAGAAAUUGCAUGAAAUGUAUUUGAAUUGAUGGCCUUUGGAUUUUGAAACCAAAGGGUAUUCUCUUCUUUGAGCACAAACAGUGUGAAUCAUGGCAUCUUAUUCUUUAUUUAAAUUGCUCCAAAUAAUGUUACGUUUGUGUACUCCAUUUGCUCAAUAAUAGGGUGAAACCUGAAACUGGAAAGUACAAAAAAUGUAGGGAUGAUCAAUUAAACCAAAGACUUUUUUUACCAUUCUUUAAAUGGGAUUUUGAAUUAAUUUUAUUUAGUCUAUAGGUCCACUUGCCUGAUAAAUAAAGUUCAAGGUGAGCUCUGAAUUAGUGCUGUUUUUUUGUGUUUAUUCUCAUUACUGUACAGUUGAAAGCUCAGUAAUCAUUGAAUGUAAUCAUAAGCACAAUGUUUUUAUUGUAUAAAAUAUUUUGUAUGUUUGUAUUUUCUGUGAUUUACACAAUGAAAUUAAACUUAAGCAGAAGAUAAAGUUGUUUAAUUUAAUUAAAUUCCAUGUUUUGAAGUCUUAUUAUGAAGCCAGUAUACAUGCACGUUCAUUUCAGCCCUGGAAUAGGUACCCUCACUCCCUUCACUAACAUUAUUUGAAUUCAGAAUAAAUGAUGGCUCGCUCACUCAAGUGGCUGUGAUUUCAACUGGUAUGCAUUGUAAGUCACAAAGUUGUUUUGCAAAAUUAAAUUGAUUCUCUUGUAAAUUUAUAA